AUGCAGGAGUUCACCAACGACGAGAACGCCAGGGCGUCUCGGAUCCAUUGGACCGACGUUGAUGUUGAAGCCGCUCAUGCAAGACCUCGAACCCCCAACCGUCGCUCAAACUCUCCUAUCUCUAUCAAUAGCCUACAUAGCAGACGAGCUUCCAUUGACCCCGCAUCGGCGCUUCCAAUCCAGUACAGGACCGUGUCAUACCAGAUUGCCGAAUCAAACGAGAAAGCCGGAAAUGAGACACGGAAAGCAAAGGAUUCCGCGACAAAGGAACUCUCAAAUCUCGACUGGCACAUUUUAACCCCAAAUGAGAUUUAUACCCGAUUAUCUAGCUCUCCAACCCAAGGACUAUCAUCAGAGCAGGGUAAACGGCGCCUUGCAGAAUAUGGAAAGAAUAUCCUCUCUCCGCCAACAACCCAUCUCUUCCAGGAAAUUUCUGGAUACUUCUUUAAGGGUUUCGGAACCAUUCUUCUCAUUGGCUCUAUACUCGUCUUUGUAUCAUGGAAGCCGCUUGGACAGCCGCCAUCUCCGGCAAAUUUGGCACUUGCUGUUGUUCUCCUUGCUGUAUUUUUUAUGCAGGCGGCCUUCAAUGCGUGGCACGAUUGGUCAUCUUCGAAAGUAAUGGCGUCCAUUAAAACUAUGCUUCCGGUUAGCAGCCUAAUGCUUCGAGAUGGGGGACAAACCACUGUUGCUGCUACCGAUAUUGUCCCUGGCGACGUUCUAUUCAUCAAAUCGGGUAAUAAGUUGCCAGCUGACGUACGUUUUGUUCAAGUAUCUUCGGAUGCAAAAUUCGAUCGCUCGGUUCUCACUGGCGAGUCACUCCCUCUUCAAGGUUCUGUAGAUAGCACAGAUGAGAACUAUCUGGAGACCAAGUGCAUUGGUCUUCAGGGCACCCACUGCAUCUCUGGUAGCGCGGUUGGUGUAGUUGUAUCCACAGGUGAUUCCACAGUCUUCGGCAAGAUUGCCAAGAUGACGAACACUCCUAAAACGGAUUUAACUCCGCUGGAAAGAGAGAUUAUGAGCUUUGUCAUAAUAAUAUGUUCUAGCAUGCUUGUUAUGAUUGUCUUGGUGGUAAUUAUCUGGGCGGCCUAUUUGCGAAAGGAACAUCCAGACUGGAUCAAUGUUCCAACAUUGAUUGUAGAUUGCGUCUCCGUUGCUAUCGCUUUCCUACCCGUGGGGCUUCCAGUCGCACUAAUUGCAUCCCUCACUAUUACGGCCAAUCUUAUGCGCAAGAACAAGAUUCUUUGCAAGUCCCUUAAGACUGUGGAGACCCUUGGCUCCGUGAGUGUCAUCUGCUCAGAUAAGACUGGCACGCUCACGAAGAAUAAGAUGUACGUAACAGAGUGUUCAAUCGGACCGCAAAUUAUGGGCCUCCAGCGGGCAAGGGACGAGAUGGUGUCGGGCCGGAGUGAAGGAAGAAACUUCAACGCCGUUGACCAGUUGCGAGCCAUAGCUGGUCUAUGUAACUCGGGGGAGUUUGACGCUUCUACAACCCACCUCCCUUUACAUGAGCGAAAAAUCAAUGGAGAUGCAACAGAUCAAGCCGUUUUGAGAUUCUCUGAAUCCCUCAGUUCUGUUUCAGACCUCCGACAGACAUGGAAGAAAACGUUCGAAUUAGCUUUUAAUAGCAAGAACAAAUACAUGAUUAGGACUUUAGAGCUUGCCGACCGGAAUGGCUUAAAUAUCGCCUUGUCUGCAAUAGAGGCUGCUUCAUUUUGUCCUGGGGAUACGCUUUUGACCAUCAAAGGAGCACCUGAUGUUUUGAUCGGUCGGUGUACGAAGUACAUCACUCCCGAGGGCGCCAGCGAGAUUCUGGACAAGAAUACCAUUGCCAAAAUCGAAGAGGUUAAGGACCUAUGGUCAUCUCGUGGGAAAAGAGUCAUCCUUUUGGCAAGGAAAAUGGUUAGCAAGGAGCAGAUCCAAGGGCCGGCAACCUCGGCUCAUUAUGAAGAUGGGGUCCUUCAUCAUGCCCGAUCUGGCCUAACAUUGGUUGGUCUGGUUGGCAUUGUAGAUCCGCCCAGAGAUGAAAUCCCUUCAGUUAUUUCAACGUUAAGGAGGGCUGGGAUUCGGAUCUUGAUGGUCACGGGAGAUUUCGCUCUAACGGCACAAGCUAUUGCAGUUGAGUGUGGAAUUAUCUCAAACCCGCCCCACCUAGUCAAAAGUGUCUCAGACCUUUUGAGAGAUAAUACCCUACCAACCACAGACUCCGGAUCUGAGAAGGUUAAUGCCAAUGCUAUGUCUCCCCUUAAAACCUCCAUGGUUAUAAGUGGCCCAGAGAUGAUGACUCUGAACAAGUUCCAGUGGGACCAACUAUGCAGAUAUGAUGAGAUUGUCUUCGCUCGCACUACGCCCGAACAAAAACUACGUAUCGUUCAGGAGUUCCAAGGGAGAGAUGAAAUAGUUGGCAUGACCGGAGACGGUGUCAAUGAUGCACCGUCACUUAAAGCCGCAGACAUCGGCAUAGCGCUUGGCAGUGGCAGCGACAUUGCCAUCGAAGCUGCUGAUAUGGUCCUUUUGGAGUCCUUCAGUGCCGUUGUUGAGGCUGUGCAAUACGGGCGAGUCGUGUUCGAUAAUUUAAAGAAGACAAUUGCAUAUCUCCUGCCUGCGGGAUCCUUUUCGGAAAUCUGGCCAAUAAUGACAAAUGUUGUCUUUGGUCUUCCGCAAGUCCUAUCGUCCUUCUUGAUGAUAGUCAUUUGCUGCUUCACCGAUUGCGCUGCUGCGACUGUCCUGGCAUACGAGGCCCCCGAAGCUGAUGUACUCCUUCGAAAGCCUCGCAAGCCUAAGGUCGACCGGCUCGUAGAUUGGCAGCUAGUGCUGCAAUCAUAUGGGUUCAUUGGGGUUAUUGAAACCCUUACCUCAUUCGCUAUGUCAUACUGGUAUCUCCAACGAAACGGCAUUCCGUUUUCGGAACUUUGGUUCCGUUAUGGCAGUCUUCCCGACAGCAUUGAUCAAGAUUACGCGGAUACCAAACUUGCAGAAGCGUCCAGUAUAUAUUUCGUCAACCUAGUUGUAAUGCAAUGGUUCUCCCUAAUGGCCCUCCGCACCCGCCGUCUCAGCAUCUUCCAGCACCCACCCGCUUUCAACAAAGCCACGCAAAACCUCUACAUAUUCCCCGCCAUAGGCUUCGCUCUCAUCAUGGCUAUAUUUUGGCUCUACGUUCCACCCUUACAGGAUGCCCUAGGAACGAGUCGUGUCCCUGUGCAGCAUUUCUUUCUACCCGCUGCCUUUGGAAUUGGCCUUUUGGCUUUGGAUGAGGCGAGGAAGUGUUGUGUUAGGCGAUGGCCUGGGGGGAUCUUGGGAAGGCUUGCGUGGUAG